AUGGAAUCAGCGCUGGAAGAUGACCACAGAAGCCUACCUUCAACUACCCAGUUCAUUGACCGACUAAUUUCACGACUCGCAUCAUGUAGACCUGAGGCCCAGAAUCCCAGCGAUGGGAUGGACCAUCCCAUCAUACGUCCUCAACGACACACUUCCACAAGCCAGUCACCUUUCUCUUCCCUCCCCGAGGCUCAGUUAGCUCAAGUCAAGUCAGUUAUGCUGACAUUGCACUGUUUCUUUCCCAAUGAGUUUCUCCUGGCCCUAGAUAUUUUGGACCGAGGACUGGUCAGGCGAUUCAUGCUGGAUGACCACGUCGGGCAAGCAUCUGCAUCACAGCCAGAAGAAACCGACACCAGCGCCACAGAAAGGCCGCAAGAAGCCAUGUUCUAUGUUAUAUCCACGUCUACGGCUGCUCCGACCUCUCCAUCCCGGGCUCCCCGGACACGCGUAGAGCAAAAGGGCUACGAAGUCCGCCUGCACGCCUGGAACUGCACAUGUCCCACCUUUACGCUCAAUGCCUUCCGCAAUCCGGGACCGGCCUACUCAUCUCAGUUUGAUGGAGAAGCCGAAGACGAGACCCUGGCUGAACAGUCUACCGUCGGCGGCGACCCGACUUGCCGCUAUGUUUUUGGCGGCUCGUUGACCCGUGGAUCCAGCCGACUGGCACCCCCUGUCUGUAAACAUCUCCUCGCGUGCUUGCUGAUGGUGCGCUGUCCUGAAGUCUUCAGUAGCGCCAGCCGUGGUCAAGCUGGUCCUCUCUUUUUGGCUUGCGAGGAAUUGGCGGCGUGGUGUGCUGGUUGGGGUGGAUGA